GUGAGCUGAGUGGGCCUGGUGAACACGGCAGCCAUUUUACAGUAGGUAUCAGUUCCUGUUACCUUAAAAACACUUAAUUAAAAGUCCCACGAGAGGCUGUCCACCUGAGCAGUGAGACAAGUCGAGGGUCAAACAGUUUCUCCCUCUCCAUGUCUCAUGCGGGUUCUGUGAUUACUUCAUUCUCAAUGAAUUACCAAAAUCAGCACACAGCAUGAAAAGCUGGAGAAGGAAAUUCAAGAGACAAGAGCUUGACAGUGUGGUCGGGUCCUCGUCUAGCAAGAGGAACUCCAUUAGUGAUCCACCAGUGCCUGUGUGGGUUACUCACACACCCACACCAGAUGAUAUCACAGAUGAUGGUGAAAACUCCACAUGCCACACAUCCAGCACUCCACCAUAUGCAGAAAAGGAGGAUGGUGACAAAAAAGGGAGCAUGAAGAACAGGCUGAAAUCCCUCAUCCCUCAGUCGUGGGGGGGCAUCAUCCAUAAAUGGACAAGGGAAAGUGACAGGGAGAGUGAUUCUGAACCCAGCACCACUACGAUCCAGAUCCUUCCCAAUGGGACCAGGGUGAGCCCUCCUGUAAGCCCUCUGCUUGAGCGCAGGAACUGGGGAGAAUCACUGGGCAACUCCAGCCAUAACUCCCAUAAGCCUUUGUUAAGGGACAGCCCCACUGGUGAGCUGUUCAAUCAAGGCCCAGGAGAGGAGUCAUUGCUCACCAGCAUCCACCCAGCAGAGUACUAUGCUGAGAAGGUGGAGGUCUAUAAACAGAAGUACUCUUAUUUGAAAUCCUGGCCAGGCCUGCUCAGACUUCUUGCUGGGCUUCAGCUCCUGUUUGGGGGCAUGGUCUUCGCCUGUGUCAUCGCCUACAUCCAGAAAGACAGUGAGUGGUCCAAUGCCUACGGACUUUAUAAUGGCAUAUAUAACAAUGGGCUUGGCUUGUCUGGAUACAGCUACAGAGGUCCCAUGACUCCCUUCAUCCUGGCCGUAGCUGGAGUCUCCUGGAUCAUAACCUUGUGUCUCUUGGUGAUGGGAAUGACUAUGUAUUAUCGCACCAUCCUCCUCGACUCCCCCUGGUGGCCUCUGACGGAGGCCUUCAUUAACGUGGCGCUGUUCCUGCUCUACAUGGCAGCAGGGAUCGUAUACCUGAAUGAUUUGAACCGCGGGGGGCUGUGCUACAUGACAAUAGGCGUUAACCCCAUCAUGGCCAAUCUGUGUCGGGUUGAUGGGGGUCAGAUGGCGGGAACAGCUUUCAUCUUCAUCAACAUGACAAUGUAUCUAGGAAGCUUCCUGGUGUGUUUGAAGAUGUGGAGGCAUGAGGCGGCGCGCAGAGAGAGGGAGUACUUUGAGAACCAGUCCAUCCCAUUAGACCCCCCAAAACCAAAACGCAUUUCCUUCAAGGACGAAAUAGAUAAGUCUCUGAGCAAAGAUCAUACCAGUGCACACGCACUCGUUCCUGAGGUCCAAAAGAACCCAGUCAGUCUGAAGAGAGACACAGCAUCCAAAUACACUCCCAGAGCAUAUGUUGUCGCAGACUACAUCAAGAAGUAUCCAGAGAUCAGCUGUGUGGAAGAACGGGAAAAGUACAAAGCUGUUUUCAAUGACCAGUAUCAGGAAUACAAAGACCUUCACCAAGACAUCAGCGCCACGCUCAAUAAGUUCAGAGAGCUGGAUGCCAUGAUGGUACAACUCCUCAGGGAUGAACAAAGCCAGCAGGAUCAGCAGAGGAUUAAAGGCAUUUUGAAGAAGUAUCAGCAGAAAAAGAAUGACCCCGCCUUCCUCGAGAAAAAGGAACGCUGUGAUUACUUGAAAUCCAAAUUAAGCCACAUCAAAAACAGAAUCCGCACUUUUGACCAGGAGAACGUGACACAUGGUCAGACAUGAACAAGACCAGAAAGAUGCAUCUGCAGCAGCUGAUGAGCGAUCAGAACAAAUCAGCUUUUGCCACACACACUUUGUUUCUCUUUGCUG